AUGCCGACUCUUCUUCUCCUGCCCUUCUCCCCUUCCCUGUGUAUUUCAGGACACGGAGGCGUGAAUCAACUGGGGGGUGUUUUUGUGAACGGCCGCCCCCUCCCAGAUGUCGUUCGCCAAAGGAUCGUGGAGCUCGCCCACCAAGGGGUCCGGCCGUGUGACAUCUCCCGGCAGCUCCGCGUCAGCCACGGCUGCGUCAGCAAAAUACUUGGCAGGUAUUACGAAACCGGGAGUAUUAAGCCUGGAGUGAUCGGAGGAUCAAAACCAAAGGUCGCCACACCCAAAGUCGUUGAAAAAAUUGCAGAGUACAAGCGCCAAAAUCCCACCAUGUUUGCCUGGGAGAUCAGGGAUAGACUCCUCGCUGAGCGAGUGUGUGACAAUGACACGGUGCCCAGUGUCAGUUCAAUUAACAGGAUCAUUCGGACGAAGGUGCAGCAGCCACCCAACCAGCAGGUCCCAGCUUCCAGUCACAGCAUAGCCUCCACGGGGUCUGUGACACAGGUGUCUUCUGUCAGCACUGACACUGCUGGCUCAUCUUACUCCAUCAGUGGGAUCCUGGGAAUCGCCUCCCCUGGCACUGAGAGCAACAAGCGCAAACGGGACGAAGGUAUUCAGGAAUCUCCAGUACCAAAUGGCCAUUCUCUCCCAGGCAGAGAUUUUCUUCGGAAACAGAUGCGAGGAGACCUUUUCACCCAGCAGCAGCUAGAAGUGUUGGAUCGAGUCUUCGAGAGGCAACAUUAUUCUGACAUUUUCACGACAACUGAGCCCAUCAAACCAGAGCAGGCAACUGAAUAUUCAGCCAUGGCAUCACUAGCUGGUGGAUUAGAUGACAUGAAAACCAAUAUAACCAGUCCUACUUCUGCAGAUCUGGGAGCAAAUGUUCCCGGGCCUCAGUCAUACCCUAUCGUCACAGGUCGUGAGCUGGCAAGCACAACGCUCCCAGGAUACCCUCCACAUGUCCCUCCUGCAGGACAGGGCAGCUAUUCUGCUCCAGCACUGACAGGAAUGGUGCCUGGGAGUGAGUUUUCUGGGAGCCCAUACAGCCACCCACAGUAUUCAACAUACAAUGACUCCUGGAGGUUUCCCAACCCCGGACUCCUGGGCUCCCCGUACUACUACAGUGCUGCAGCCCGUGGGGCAGCCCCGCCAGCAGCUGCUGCAGCCUAUGACCGCCACUGAUGCCAAGCCUGGGGCACCAGUACUGACUGCAUGCACCACCCGGGACCACCACGAUGACCACCUUGCUGCAGCUGGCUGCAGCUGUGCCAGCCAUGCUGCAAAGGAAGGAGAAAGUACCUAGUAGGCACAUGCUAAUUGAAAUUUUGCUCUUUAAAAUUGGUGAACUGAUCAUUGUUACAUUACUUAAGAUGAUCAUGUUGUCUGGGUCUCAAAUCAAACAAAGAAAUGUGAGGAAGUGGUUCUCCUGACACCCUGUGUGAUCAGAAACAUGCAGUGGCUUCAUGUCUUUUGCAGCUGGAUGGCUACUGCUUUCAUCGCCUGUGGUUGCCACGGCUGUAUCUGGGGAUAAGGAAGAGGUGUGAGCAGAUCCCUUUGGGGAUGCUUCCUCUUGCUGCACACUGAAACCGGCUGUGAGACUCAAGGCAAUUUUAUUUUAUUUUUCUCUUUUUUUUUUUUACUUGCUUGCAAAGAAAAAGACCGGUCAGCUCAAUUUUACACAAGCACCACUGUAAAUACCUGCUUGUUUGUAUUACUAUAAGAAUGGCUUAAGCAUAAGCAGCAACAUUGUACAAAUAUGAACCCCAAACACAUCUGAAAAUGUGUUUUGAAAAUGGUGCACUGAUUCAAAGAAUUCAGUAAGCUUUAAGCAACUUUGAACCAGGUUAACACUCAUGGUGGCUGUAUUUUGGGCCAAUGUUAUUUCAGUAUACAGCAUCCUAUCUGAUAGUUGUAUGUGAUCAUGCUGUAUGCUGGUAUCAAAUACAUGGGCAACUGAAAGACCUGAGCAGUGUUGUGACACUUUACUGUUUAAUAUUUAUUUAUGUUUAUUUGUCAUCAUAACAAGCACUGAAACAAAUUCAUUGCUGGUUUUCCGUAAAGUGGCAUCCAAGAAGGAAUUCCUGAGUAAUAGUUGACACCUUAUGUACAACUCAACAGGUUGUGUGCUAAAACCCAGUUAUGAAUGCCCUGAGAGGAAGGGGAAGUAAUACCAUAGUAAUGAUUUUUAUUAAAUGGAUAUACCGAGUGUGGCACAUCAAGCACAGGAGCAACCAUACAUGAUUUUGGAGGCAAACUGGAGGGAAGGGUGCUCC